UGGGCUCAAGGACAGAAAUUGACUGCAGGUGAGGCUGGGUAAACGUUCUGCACUUCAUUUCAGCUACAGCCAUAGACAGUUAUUAUUCUUAUUCUUAUUGGAAAAGGAGCAGCGAUGCGAUAGGAGCAAGGUGCGCUGGAUACAUCGGUUCAUCCUCGGAGUGAAGCCGUUGUAUGCCGCCUUUUCCCGUCUUUCUCCAGAUGGAUACUGGACCCGCCCCCUCUCCUUCCUCCGUGGUUGUGGGCCCUUCCUCGCUGUGGCGGCUGGCUGAGAGGAGGAGUAGGAAGGCCGGCUCAGGGAACAUUUUCAGCAGUGUGAAUCUGUGGCAGCUCCAGAGACUGUUCAGGGCAGCAGGGGACCAGGAUGCAGAGCAGAGGGCCCAGCUGGUUUGGGGCCAUGGAGAUGAGGCUGAACUGGCUCAGGCCUUGAUUGGACUGAGGGCCCGAAGUCACCGGAGAGGGCUGAGGACCAAUGGGAGAGAUGCUCUGGGGUCACACUGGCUACGUGCCUUCAAUCACCUCAGGAUUGGGGAGAGCUCGCCAAGCAGCCAGGGGAGGGAUGCAGGAGAGGAGAAUCAUUCUGAGGCAGGAGCUCACAGCAGUCCAGAGCCACACCAACACCCUGUACAACACACUGUAGGGGCAACAGGAAGAGGCACAGGGGCCACAGUCGUACUAACUGAGAGCCACAGCCAUGUAGGGAUGUCCGAGAGACCAGUCAGAGUCAGCUCAGGACUGAGGAGAGGAGGAGAGAGUGACCCAGAGAGAUACCUCCACCGAAUACUCCACUGACUGACUGGCCUGUAUGUCUGAGUGUUAACCAGCAUUUAACAACCUGUUUGUCUCACCUGAAUACUGUCCUGAUGUGUUCAGAUGCUGGAGUGAGGUUGAAUUAACUUUGGGGGGAACAGCAACAUGGACACAAUACAGCAGUGAAACUGUAUUGCAGGUGGAAAGAAGAGAGAGAGAAGAGUUUCUCAUAAUGCCAUAAAACCUGGCCUUUAAAUGGCACAGAUCAGACGGCGGUACACUGACACUGUUACUUGUUGCAAAAAGACAUCACCUAAAUAAUGUUAGCAACAUGAACUCUCACUACUUUAUACUGUGGUUGCUGCUCUCAAACACUGCCUUAUGUGCUUUCUUAAAUUCAUCCUACCACUCACACUAGCCAUGCAUUCUUCUAAUUAUGGACAAUGAUGUGAUUUUUAAGUGGUGUUUUUUGUUCAGUGGUGUAAAUCAAGAAGUGAACAAGUUGGUAAUUAUGAAGUACUGUAAAUAACUUAUUUUAAAAAUGGUCCCAUUUUCAUCUGACCUUGCAUUUAUUAGUGCUGAUAUUAUAAUAUAUGGCCACACUGUGGAUACAUACUGUACUUGUACAUAGAUGUAUCCCUGUACUGUACCAUACACAAAGCCAUAUAUGUAGACAUACAUGAGUGAGAUGAAUUCACACUAAGUGUUAAAUUUGAAAUAAGUGAAACUUUGUACUCGGUUAUGUAUGUGGUACAUUACACAACACUGUUAAUGGGUAAGAGUGCAGCAUGAGCUGUGUUAGUUGUCAUGAGAUGUAGCGAUACAUGGCCGAACAUACACACUACUGGACGUUUAGGGACGCUGGCUCAAGCUUUCUGAUUGACACCUGUACCUGGGCCUCAGUCACUGGUUUUCCUUUUUGUGAAAGCAUCAGUUGUUCAAUUCUGCCACAAAACCAAACCUAAAGGCCAUGGUCAAAAUUACCCUCCCUGUUCAAGGGAAAGAAGAACUUGAAAUUAGACUGUUGUUGUAAAAUGUACAUGGUAACAGUGUGAAAACCCACUGUGCUUAUGAAACACUUUACCUCAUCAGAUUGCUGGAAACUUGAUGAAGAUUUUUGAUAAUUCUGUUUGAUGUGUCGUUUUUAGAUUUACAGUAAUAAAGAAGUGAGUCUUUA